AUGUCUCUCGCAGCCUACAGACAUGUAAUGCGCUCUGCGCGCAUUGCCUUUCAAGGUGACACGUCGGUACUCCUUGCCGCUAAGUCCCAGAUCCGUACCGAAUUUCGCCAAAAUGCUGCUCUGGUCGACGCUAAGGCGAUCCAGGACGCCAUCCUCAAGGCGGAGGAUGUAUCCAAGAUCCUGCGCGAGAAUGUUGUGCAGGGCAAGAAGCAGGAUGACAAGGACCACACCUAUGAACUACGAAUUCACGAGUACACGGAACGCGGCGACAACGAAUCUAUAAAGACGGCAGGCCAGCGCAAGGCUACGGGCAGUGGUUGCUGCCAGUCAGCUUAA